AUUCUCCAGUCUCUCAGUAUUCAUAUCAAAAUUAUUUUAACAGUACAACAGACAAAAUUCAAUUUAAAAAGUUCCACAUUUUCAUGCAUUUAUCAAAAUUAAAACGCCGUACAAAUUGAAGAAUUACCCAUUGUUUGCAAUUUACAGAAUUUACUGGAAUGCAAAACGUUAUAGUUUUUGUGCAAUCUUAGCGGAAAAGCGAUAUAUUUGCACAUAAUUAUCAAAACCUGCGACAAUUGUCUAGUCCUUCCAAAAUACAAGUCGCUUUAUAUCGGAGCCAGUGGAUAAAGCUUAAAGCAAACAACAAAAUGAAUAAUCUGCCAGGAUUUGGUUCAUUGCGAAUGCUGCCCAUCAAUGGGGCACUCAACCGCUGUCAGAUUUGGCAACGCGCCCUGUCCAAAACGAUAAAUACCCAAAACUCUAGCGAGGGACCCGUCUCGGCCAUUUUGUCAACGUACAGAUCUGUCCGCUGCCGUCUCAUGCGCAAAAUGUCGGUGGCCAUGAUCCGACGUCGCUCCAGCCUGAACUUUCUGGAGAAGAAGCCCAUCGAUGCCCAGAGUGUGGCAAAUGCCGGGCAUGCCCGGCUGCCAGUGACAAUGCGACACUAUCCGAAGACGCUCGCCCAGAAGCGUUCGAGCAUUGGCAUCGAGCCGCCGAUGAUGAUGCCGACGUCGAACGUGUGGGCCAGUUUGCAUGCACAGCGCAGCUUUGCCACGAUGAGCGACAGGCUGGACAGGGCCAAGGCGACGAAGCGGCCCAAGACUUUGACGGAACGCCCGGUGGUGCCCACACUGCAUCUAAUUAGGCCGGAGGAAGCCACCAAGCUGAAAGGUAUUGAGAAUGGCGACGCAACGCACAGCAUUUUGAGGUCUUCCAAAUUGACCAAGGAGUCGCCCCCGCUGCCCGUUCCGCGUCUCGCGGGGCCGACGCAAAAGCUGCUGCCAAAUCCAGGCAAGGCUCAGCCAUCGAAGGAGCGUCCCAUGGUGCCCAUACUGCGUUUCUUUGAGAAUAAGGAUCACCUAGACGCAGCCGAGACAUUCCGCAGCGUCUCAAUCGGGCCCAAGCCAAACGAACACCGCCGCCUGGCGCCAUUCCUGCCACUGCGUUGCGAGGCUGACUCAGUGGCCAAACGUCGAGAGGCACAAAAGGAUUUCGCACUGAGACGUUCGAGCAGUGUGCAGUAUCUGAUGGCCAAGCAUCCGUUGAUGAACAGGCUACGACCGCCAGCAUUGUCGCUGCUAAAGUCCAAGGAGCUGUCCCAGAACGUGGAGACCUUCGAGACCCGCCUGCGGGCAUUGCGCACAGCGCAGCCCCUCAAACUGAAGGUGCCAUCGGCGGCGGACAUUGAUUGCUUGACCAUAACACAAAAGUACAGGGGCUACAAGGUGCCGCGCCAGCCGCAGGUGCAAAACACAUUCGGGCGCAUGGGCAAGAAAUAUGGGCCCAAGCAGAGUUCCAAGUCGGCCACAAUGGUGCUGCCCAGCAUUAAGGCGUACAAGAUGACGCUGCCAGAGAAGAGCACACGGUCAAAGAAGCCCCGAUAUCAGAAGUCUGCCCGCAAGCAGUCAACAAAGCCAAAAUCAUUCAAGCUGCAUUCAACCAGAAGCAAAACUGCGAGCAAAAACAAUAACAAGAGCCAAAUGACGACGGUGAUUAGCAAGCGCCCGGAACGGGAGAAUCUGAACACCCUGCUGGGCGAUCUGCUGGACAACAAGAAGCCGCCGUCGCGGCAACAGGGCGACAGCAUUACGUUCAAUAAGAUUUCGCCGCUCUUUAAGCUGGUCACGACCAGCGUGGAGGGACGCAGAAAUUUGCACAACAGGCGAUUCGAGAAGCAGCUGGAGAGCCCACAGCUAUAUAGGCAUCCGAUCAUCAGGAACAUCAGUCAGUCGCCGACCGUUAAUCGGCGCGCCAUAUUUAUGAGCCAAUCGGCUGCGUAUCGGGCCAAAGCCAUAUUGGAGAACAAGCUGAACAUACUCUUGAGGGCCGACCAGGACGAAGACGACGAGGAAGAGGACGAGGACGGUAACUAAAGUACUGGCAAAAAACAAAUAAUUAGAAUCGGAAGUUAUAGGCGAAACUAUUUUGUUUAGAAUAACAAUCGUGCAUAACGGAUAGACAACAUCAAUUUCGUCAUUUUCAACAACACUUGCUAUAAAUUCUGGUUAACUAACAAAUUUACACUAUUUCAUAUGUUAUACAAAUGUUUUACGAAAUUCUAUGUGCCAAACGUUCAAUUGUAUAUAAGAUAAUAUAAGCGUUAAAUCGAAAA